AUGGGAUGUCUGCAGAGUAAAAAGAAUGAAGUUACAAUUGCUAAAAAAAUUGACAAAACAAAGCCCGAUAAGAAGGAGCUAAAAAUGAUGAAAGCUUAUCUCCCAUUUGUGUUUUUUUCUCCUGAAUCAUCAGUUAUGAUAAAGUACAAAAACCCUAUGGCAAAAGAAGCUUAUGGGCUUCCUUAUACUGACGAUCGAACUCCAACUUAUGCGUUUACAGUAAAAAUUGGUGUUGGGAGGUUCUUUUUAGCUGGAGGUUUUGACCUUGUUAAAGACUGCCACUCUAAUAGGUGUUUUCAAGUCUACAUCAAAGACAAAAAAAGAGAAGAGAGAAAUCCUUUGCCAGUGCCUCUGCAUGGAGGAAUGAUGUAUUAUCAUCGUGACCGAGCCUAUAUAGUUGGCGCUGCGACUGCAGAAGACGAAGAAUACAUAGAAGAAGCAAAUUACGUUCCAUAUCCCUUUGUUGGGGCAAGUGCCCCGAUUCUUCACUGCAAGUUAAAGCGAUAUCCGUUUUUGCAAUUUAGUUUCAGGACAAAAAAGUGGGAGGAACUUACCUUUAAAAAGAACAUGAUCAAGGAAGGCGUUCCUUAUCCUCCAGAUAACAUUUUUUUGCCUGGAACCUGCAAAAAGAAAAAUAAAAUUUACUUUAUUGGAGGAAAGAUUGACGUGGAAGAUGGUCCUCCUAAUGAAAGCAUUCUGAUUUUUGAUAUUGAUCUACGAAUGGUGUCUGCUGCUAACUGUAAGUUUACUGGUGGGGUAACUGAGCCAAAAGUUGCUUGCAUUUAUGACGGGUUUAUUUUGAUUUUGGGAGGAUAUUAUAAAGAUGACAAAAAGAUGAAGUUCAGCAGAAAAGUAUUUUUAGCUGAAUUAAGCACAGAAACACACGAAAGAACCCCUUUGGAUCAAGAUUUUGAGUUCACUGAUCGAUAUCCUUCUAAAGGAAACAAUGGCUUUGCGCUGUUCUAUUUCUACCCGUUUGCCUUAUUUAUUUAUGAGGAAAAGGAGAGAAGGGAAAUCAUCAACAUUUCGGCAACUUCCUACAAUGAAGAAGAAAAAGCUCUCAUGGCCAAUCGUGCAAAUAUAGUAAACACGGCUUAA